AUGACAGAGAACACGACUUUGAAGUAUACUCCCUUGCAGGAGAUAGACAGCAAAAUUCGUUUAGCCAACGAAUAUUUUCAUGAGAAACAGUUAAAGCUGUCCAAGACCCCAUCGCCCCGCAAGGCUGAUUUGAAAAUACGGUCCUUGCAGUUAAAGAAGCUCUAUUAUGCCAUCAAAAAUCAUGAGCAAGAUAUCUUAGAUGCCAUGUAUAGGGACUUCCAUCGCUCACCUACAGAAACGACAGUCUUGGAAAUUAUACCGGUCUAUAACGCUAUUUUGCAUAUUAUAGAUCGGUUGCACAUUUGGAUGGCCCCAAAAAGGAUCAGGGACAAUUCGUCUCCGGCUUUCAUGUUCAGCAAAAUCGUUAUCGAAAAAAUUGCAAGGGGUUCUGCUCUCAUUAUUGGACCAUUCAAUUUCCCGUUUUUCUUAUCAUUAUUACCGGUUGCGUAUGCAAUAUCUGCUGGGAACAGUGUUAUAUUGAAGCCAAGUGAAUUGGUGCCUUCAUGUGCGCAGCUUCUGGAAGAGAUAUUAUAUGAUGCUGAUUUCCCACAAGGGAUGGUCCAGGUGGUACAAGGGUCAAUUCCAGAAACUGAAAGUUUAGUUCAAAGUGGCAGAUUUGACUUGAUUUUCUUCACAGGGGCACCAAAAACUGGGUCAAUAAUAGCCCAAGAAGCCGCCAAAAGCUUAACUCCAUGUGUUUUAGAACUCGGUGGAAAGUCUCCUGCAUUCAUAACAGAAACCUUGGAGAACAAAUAUCUGGAGACCACUUUAAAAAGGCUAUUUUUCAGCUCGUUUGGUAAUUCAGGUCAGAUAUGUGUUUCCCCAGAUUAUGCGUUAGUGCAUGAAUCUAAAUAUUCAGAGGUAGUUGACUUGGCAAAAAAAAUAUUACAAGAUUUUUUUCCAAGAAUAGAUGAAAGUGUAGAAUAUUCGCAUAUGGUAAAUGAGAAGGCUUACAACGAAGUCUGUAAGAAAUUAGAAUCUACCAAAGGGACAAAAUUCACAUCGGGAGGGCAAACUCCAGAAAAAUUGGACUUUUUCAUACCUCCCACUCUGGUUUUCGAUGUGGAUUGGAAUGAUUCGCUUAUGCAGAGCGAAAAUUUUGCUCCUAUCUUGCCCUUUAUCAAAUACAGGGAUCUAGAUGAUACAAUAGAGAGACUGCUUCGGUCUUGUGAUACGCCAUUAGCCCAAUACAUUUUCUCAGGAAGCGAUCAGGAAAUACAACAUAUUUUGAGCCGUGUGAGAUCGGGUGGUUGCGUUGUUGGGGACACCUUGAUUCAUGUUGGUAUUACAGAUGCCCCAUUUGGUGGUAUAGGCACAUCAGGAUAUGGAAGUUCUGGCGGAAUUUACGGCUUCAAUGCUUUUUCGCAUGAAAGAACUAUCCUUAAGCAGCCAUUUUUGGUUGAAAGAUUGUUAUCAAUGAGGUACCCACCCGCAUCAAGCUUCAGAAGAAGUAUCUUAAGAGUUGGCAUGGAGAGGAAACCUUGGUUUGACAGAACCGGCAAAAACAACAUCCCCUUUUUACGUUCGGUUGUUAUCUCAGUCCUCGUUCUUUGUUUUUCAGUGUGUUUUUAUUCGUACAAGUCCUAA